UGGUGCUCGCUUCCUUAGACAUCUCAAGAAAUCAGCAUCGUUUUUGGUCAAGGGAGGAGCAUAUAACAUGGCGACCAAGUACAUCGUCGGAUCAGUGGCUGCAUCCUUCGCGUUCGCGUACGUCUGCGAGAUCUACAUCGCGGAAGGGAGGCUUCUUGGAGGCACGACGACUCGGACCAUGGCGACGGACGAGUGGCAGAAGGAGACGGACAAGAAGUUCCAGGCGUGGCCGCGGACCGCCGGGCCACCGGUCGUGAUGAACCCGGUCAGGCGCCAGAACUUCAUCGUCAAGUCGUCUGAAUAAUUUUUAUCUUCUUCAAGCCCUAGCCUAGCCAGCGUUCGAUCUCUCGGCCGGGGAAGAAAGAAAGCCAUUGUUGCGUGUGUGCUGAUUAAGCCCUGCGCACACUCACCCGUUGUUUCAGUUGCAAGUUAGUUACAAACUAGCAUGCAUUUGCUGUCGUAGUUUUUGUGCUAAUUUUCAGUUAGAAAUCAGCUCGACACGCGCACGUACGGUUGACUCGACUGACUUACAGCUUCGCGACGAUCCUCGCAGUUUUUGCUGAUAAUAUUUGGCGUUCUCUAAGGACAAAAAUGGCAGAGAAUGGUAACCUCAAACAUUCCAUUAUUUAUGUUCGAACGUAUCUAUGUUUUUCCUUUUGUUGUAAUUGCAAAAAGACGCACUCAAAAAUCCCAUAAUGAAUAAUUUUGGUGUGCCCAAUACACUAUGUUGUUCUUAGCAGAGACGGAUCUGCCAUGGGGUGGGGUCCCGUUAGGA